UCUCAUCAAAAGGACAGUUUUUUAAAAAAUUGCUUUUCCUUGUUAAUGUUACAUUUUAUCUUGUAAUUCCUAUAUCUGAUGUUUAGUGCCUUGCGACAUAAGUAUUUCAAGAUAUUUUGCUUUUUGGAGAUGAUUAUAAUAAUUUAAAACACAAAUUUAUUUAGUAUGUUUAGCCUUAUGGAAUGACAAAUUGCUAAUUACUUGAAAACUGUUCUUAAAACAUUUUAACACUAAAGUGGGUUGUUGUUUAUUUGCUACAAUAAAACCCACAUUACUUUCAAAUAGAAUGACAAAAUGGAGAAUGACUAUAAUGUCCCAAGGUUUGGCAUAUAAAGAUCUUGAGAGGGGGCAAAAGGACCAGAAACUGAAAACAAAUAGCUUAUUAUAAUGAAGGCUUAUUUUUUAAACCACAAACACUUCAGCAAUCUGAAUGUGGAAGGAGAGUUAUUGAAAUGAAUAUUGGUGAUUGAGUCCUUAUGAGUGCCAAUUAUAAAUCUCAUUUGAGAUUAUAACAGCUUCUUGUAAAACUCUGAAUUUGCUGAUCCAGCAUGUUACCAUGUAUGGAAUAGGAAAGGACUUGAGAUCAUUGUGAGUCUAGAGAAAAGAAGACUGACUAAAGCUCCCCCACAAGAUGGCAGCUGCUGAAGACGAAUUACUGCUGCCACGGCUCCCCGAGCUGUUCGAAACCAGCAAGCAGCUCCUGGAUGAAAUGGAAGUAGUGACUGAACCCACCGGUUCCCGGAUAGUCCAGGAUAAGGUGUCGAAGGGACUGGACCUCCUUGAGAAGGCUGCCGAAAUGUUAUUGGAGCUCGACUUGUUCAGCCGAAAUGAAGAUUUGGAAGAGAUUGCUUCCACCGACCUCAAGUACCUGAUGGUGCCAGCAUUUCAAGGAGCUCUCACCCUGAAACAAGUCAACCCCAGCAAGCGUCUAGAUCAUUUGCAGUGGGCUCGAGAACAUUUUAUGAACUACUUAACUCAGUGCCAUUACUAUCAGGUGGCAAAGUUUGAGCUGCCCCAAGCCAAGAACAACUCAGCUGAAAAUAACGCUGCUAGUUCCUCCAUGGCCUAUCCUAGCCUCGUUGCUAUGGCAUCUCAAAGACAGGCUAAAAUAGAGAGAUACAAGCAGAAGAAGGAGGUGGAGCAAAGGUUGUCUGCACUGAAGACUGCUGUGGAAAAUGGUCAAGCAGAUGACGAGCAUGUUCGUGAAUACCACCUCCUUCACCUUCGGAGGUGGGUUGGCCUCAGCUUAGAGGAGAUCGAGAGCAUUGACCAGGAGAUAAAGAUCCUGAGAGAAAGAGGCUCUUCACGAGAGGCAUCAGCUUCUCAUUCAUCCCGUCAGGAGAGGCCGGCAGUGAAGCCCUUUAUUCUCACUCGGGACGCGGCCCAAGCCAAGGUAUUUGGAGCUGGUUAUCCAAGCGUGGCCUCCAUGACAGUGAGUGAGUGGUAUGAUCAGCGUCAGAAACAUGGAACGUUGCCAGAUCCGGGAAUAGCCAAGGCAGCGCCAGAAUUCAAAAGAGCAGCCCAGGAAGAUCAAGAACAAAAGGAGGAAGAGGAUGAUGAGCAAACGCUUCACAGAGCGCGGGAGUGGGAUGACUGGAAGGACGCCCAUCCCAGGGGCUAUGGCAACCGCCAGAACAUGGGCUGAUCUCCCACAGCGCGACAAGACGACAGGCCACACAUCUUCCCCGCCAAGGAAAACUGUGCGGUCUUCCCCUGCCUAGAAUCCUGCUUCAGCUGUGUUCAACGAAAGCCAAGAUGCUGAAUCUUACUCUGCAUUCAAUAAAGUGUCGAAUGAGU